CCUGCCCCUCAGUGCUCUAUUGUCACCCCGUGCAGCUCCCUGUGGCCAGCACAGCUGUCAUUCACUGUACAGGGAUCAGUAAGCUGCUGGAUUCCAUGCUGGGGGCUUUGUGAGUGAGCUGUGACCUCCCCCCCUCCUCCUCCAUGGCGGAAUGAUCCUGGCCAGCUCCCCCAGGCAGGAAGUGGAGCCUGUAGCUGGAAUCAGAGGAGUGCACACUUUGGCUUGAUAUGGAGGAGUGCAGUUUGCAAUGCUUAUAGAGGAUCAGCAGCCAGGCAGGCAAGGAGAUCAGAGGAGUCUUCCCCACCUCCUGCAGAGACCCCCUGAGUGAGCCCCCCAGCUCAGCUGUGCGACAGGCUCCUGAAUGUUCUCCACGUGCGGCUUCUUCUCCCUUUAUUUAAUGGCCGCUGGAUGACCUCGUAAGGUCCGCAGCUGAUCUGCUCUUUUGGGAAAAUGCCGCUUCCGUUCGGACUGAAGUUGAAGCGGACGCGGAGGUACACGGUGUCCAGUAAAAGUUGCCUGGUGGCGCGGAUCCAGCUGCUUAAUAAUGAGUUUGUGGAGUUUACCUUGUCGGUGGAGAGCUCGGGGCAGGAGUGCCUGGAGGCGGUGGCGCAGAGGCUGGAGCUCCGAGAGGUGACGUACUUCAGCCUGUGGUACUACAACAAACAGAACCAGCAGCGCUGGGUGGACCUGGAGAAACCGCUGAAGAAACAGCUGGACAAAUAUGCCUUGGAGCCGACCGUGUACUUCGGAGUGGUGUACUAUGUGCCGUCUGUCUCCCAACUGCAGCAGGAGAUCACAAGAUACCAGUAUUACCUGCAGCUGAAAAAGGACAUCCUGGAGGGGAAGAUCCCCUGUACUCUGGAGCAAGCCAUUCAGCUGGCUGGUCUGGCUGUGCAAGCUGAUUUUGGAGACUAUGACCAGUAUGAAUCACAGGAUUUCCUGCAGCGAUACGCUCUUUUUCCUGUGGGAUGGAUCCAGGAUGAGAAGACCCUGGAGGAGGCGACGCAAAGCGUGGCUGUGCUUCACCAAAAACUGCGGGGUCUGUCUCCCCCCGAGGCGGAGAUGUUGUACAUGCAGGAGAUCGAGCGCCUUGAUAAUUAUGGCGAGGAAACUUACCCAGCCAAGGUAAUCCAUGGAAGAGGCAACCAGCUGCAGUACGUUCAACUGCUGGACCGCCAGGCCAAUUCUGACAUUUCUGUCAUACAUGACAGUCAAGGUACCGACCUCUCUAUUGGAGCCUGUCUGACCGGGAUCUUCGUGAGACACAAAAAUGGCCGCCCACCUGUUUUAUUCCGGUGGGUGGACAUUGCUAAUAUGUCUCAUAACAAAUCGUUUUUCACCUUGGAGCUGGCAAGCAAGGAGGAGACCAUCCAGUUUCAGACGGAAGACAUGGAAACUGCCAAAUACGUGUGGAGGAUGUGCGUGGCCCGGCACAAGUUCUACAGAAUGAACUGCAACCUGCAAACUCCGGCGGUCAAUCCGGUGCGUCGGAGAUCAUCUACGAGACUGUCACUGCCAAAGCACCAACCUUACAUGAUGCCUCCGCCCCAGAUGCACUACAAUGGGCACUACAAUGAGCCUUACACCUCUUCACAAGACAAUCUGCCCGUGUUUGUGAGCAAUCAGAACGGAUAUUACUAUCACUCCCAGACCAGCCUCGACCGCAGUCCUCACGACUUCAAUGGUAGAAUCCGCAAUGGCAGCGUCUACAGCGCUCACAGCACCAACUCGCUCAACACCCAACAACACUACAUGCAGCCGUCGCCCAUGUCCUCCAAUCCCAGCAUUACAGGAAGUGACAUCAUGAGGCAGGAGUACAUCCCCACCCACCGGCACAGUGCCCUCAUCCCUCCCUCUUACCGCCCGACUCCUGAUUACGAGACGGUGAUGAGGCAGCUGAACAGGGGCGUCAUGCAUUCGGACAGGCAAAGCCACUCGAUGAGGAACCUCAACAUCGGCAAUUCCUAUGCCUACAGUAGGCCGGAUGCUUUGGUGUACAGUCAACCGGAAAUCCGAGAGCAUGCCCAGUUCACCUCCCCCCAGUCCCAUCAUUAUCCGUUCAACCUGAACUACAGUUUCCACAGCCAAUCUCCCUACCCUUACCAGGCCGAGAGACGCCCAGUAGUUGGAGCAGUAAGUGUCCCCGAACUGACCAAUGUCCAGCUUCAGGCCCAAGACUACCCGGCCUCCAACAUCAUGAAAACUCAGGUAUACCGGCCUCCUCCUCCGUAUCCAUACCCAUACCCGCGCCCAGCCAACAGCACCCCGGAUCUAACCCGGCAUCAUACAAGCAGCAGUAACCCUGACCUUAUCACCAGGAGGGUCCACCAUUCGGUGCAGAUGUUUCAGGAGGAUAGCCUUCCGGUGGCUCAUUCCUUGCAAGAAGUCAGCGAGCCAUUAACGGCGGCCCGCCAUGCCCAACUUCAGAAGAGGAACAGCAUAGAAAUCGCAGGGCUGACCCAUAGCUUCGAAGGAAUGAGGGUGAAAGAGCGGACUGCGUCUUCUUCCUCCGCCAACGUGGCACCGCAAAGGAUCAUGCCAACAGAUUCGCCAACCAAUGUUUACAUAGAACGCGCUAAAGAGGAGCAAGGUGCUGAGCAAGAAAGAGGCCGUUACGGGCACAAGAAGUCUCUCUCAGAUGCCACCAUGCUUAUUCACAGCAGUGAGGAUGAUGAUGAUGACAAUGAGGAAGAAGACAACAUGGCGAAUGUCCCUCAAACGGCUCAUUAUGAUCGGUCCCAACUCCGAACAGUCAUGGAGACCUAUCCAGAUGAGUCGGAGCCCAGCUACCCAUACAGCUCCGUGCCACUCAAUCAUUUACACAUCUAUGAGCACAAACCAGUGGAGGUGGAGAAAGAAAGGCGGCAAACCGCCAUCAGUCCUCUACAGUUUACAGGAGACCUCCUAUCCAACAGGAGAGGGAGCGGCACAAUACCCCCCUCCGUAUCCGAGUCCAAUCUCAUAGCUGGCACGGUGACGUAUAGAGUGAAAAAGGAGCCCAUGAAAAAAAGGCCGGUGUCUGAUGUCCUGUCCGGAAAGAAGGACAUAGUUGAGGGUCUUCCGCCUUCAGGGGGUAUGAAAAAAGGUAUCCGAGCAGAAGUUAAAAAAAUAGGACCUUUGAAGCUUGCUGCUUGGAACGGUCUCGUCCUGCCCCGCAUGCCGCUACCGGAUGACGAGAGGGAGGAGCAUCAAAGUAUAAAAGCGUCCAAUGACGAGCGGUGUAAAAUUCUAGAGCAGCGGCUUGAACAAGGCAUGGUCUUUACGGAGUAUGAGCAGACCCUGAAGAAGCGAUUGCCCGACACCGAGUGCUCCAUAGCGCGGCUGCCGGAGAAUGCCGAGCGGAACCGGUUCCAGGAUGUCCUGCCCUAUGAUGAUACUCGGGUGGAAUUGGUCCCAACUAAAGAAAAUAACACCGGGUAUAUCAAUGCCUCCCACAUAAAGGUAACUGUUGGCAGUGUGGAGUGGGAUUACAUCGCCACCCAAGGACCUCUGCAGAAUACGUGUCAAGAAUUCUGGCAGAUGGUCUGGGAACAGGGGGUAGCCAUCAUCGCCAUGGUAACACUGGAAGAGGAGGCAGGCCGGGAGAAGAGUUACCGAUAUUGGCCAAGGCUUGGAUCAAGGCACAACACUGUUACCUACGGGAGGUUCAAGAUCACCACCCGCUUCCGCACCGACUCCGGCUGUUACGCCACCACUGGCCUGAAGAUAAAGCACCUGCUGACCGGGCAGGAGAGGACUGUGUGGCACCUGCAGUACACAGACUGGCCGGAACACGGACACCCUGAGGACCUGAAGGGCUUUCUCUCCUAUCUGGAGGAGAUCCAGUCUGUCCGGCGGCAUACAAACAGCACAAAUGACCCCAACACCCCAAACCCCCCAGUGCUCGUCCACUGCAAUGCGGGUGUUGGUCGGACCGGAGUUGUGAUCUUAUCUGAGGUUAUGAUUGCAUGUCUGGAGCACAACGAGAUGCUGGACAUCCCGUUCAUGCUGGACACGCUGCGGCAACAGCGGAUGUUGAUGGUGCAGACGAUCGCCCAGUACACCUUCGUCUACAAGGUCCUGAUCCAGUUUCUGAAAAGUUCCAGACUUAUCUGAAAACCUCAGCGCAGGAGCCCCCCCCCCCCUCCAAUCCCCGCUACGGAACAGACUGCCCCGUCUGUAGACGGUAGUCGAUAAGUUGCCGGGCGAUUUAUCUUCUGCCUUAGAUGGGUAAACAGUGUUACAUUUCAGUUGCAGUGAGGCUUCUGGUCCGUCAUGCAUAGAACCCGUCGGCGGACUUGGAAUCCGGACUGGCUCGGGGGGGGGGG